AUGGCUACAGGGAAGGAGAGCGAUGGACUCGACAAUCUCGCAUUUGAUAUGGGUGAACAAGUCAAUGAUCAACCUACAGAAAAGGCGGGUAAGACAUGUGGGAGCGGCUGUGUAGCAGAGGACGACAGAAAUAAACCAACCUAUUGUGUGACUGAUGUUCCUCCCUGGUACCUUUGUAUUUUCCUGGCCAUUCAGCAUUACCUGACAGCAUUUGGUGCGAUCAUCUCCAUCCCUCUCAUUCUGUCGGAGGGGCUGUGUCUACAGCAUGACAGCCUGACCCAGAGUCGCCUCAUUAACACCAUUUUCUUCGUCUGUGGCCUGUGCACCCUGCUUCAGGUCACCUUCGGUAUCAGGCUGCCCAUCCUACAGGGAGGUACAUUUGCUUUGGUGACGCCUGCCAUGGCCAUGUUGUCCAUGCCAGAAUGGAAGUGCCCAGCUUGGACUCAGAAUGCCAGUCUGGUCAACACCUCUUCACCUGUCUUCAUAGAAGUGUGGCAGACACGCAUGAGAACACUGCAGGGCUCUAUCAUGGUGGCCUCCCUCCUCCAGAUCCUGGUCGGUUUCUCUGGCCUCAUUGGCUUCCUCAUGCGCUUCAUUGGCCCGUUAACCAUUGCCCCCACUGUGUCUCUCAUAGGACUGUCACUGUACGACUCUGCUGGGGCCAAGAUAGGCAGCCACUGGGGCAUCUCUGCCAUGACCGCUGUGCUGAUCAUCCUGUUUUCCCAGUACCUCCGUCUCAUACCAAUCCCUGUUCCUGCAUACAGUAAAACCAAGAAACUGCACACCUCAAAGUUCUUUAUCUUCCAGAUAAUGCCUAUUCUCCUGGGGAUUUUGGUCUCAUGGUUGGUCUGCUACCUCCUCACAAUCUAUGACGUCCUGCCAUCUGAUCCAGCUCAGUAUGGCCACCUGGCCCGCACUGACGUGAAGGGAAAUGUGGUGAAUGACGCUUCCUGGUUCACAUUUCCUUAUCCUGGUCAGUGGGGGAUGCCAACUGUGAGCAUGGCAGGUGUGUUUGGCAUUAUGGCUGGAAUAAUAUGCUCCAUGGCAGAGUCUGUGGGCGACUACCAUGCUUGUGCCAGGCUGUCAGGGGCACCUCCUCCACCCAGGCACGCCAUCAACCGGGGCAUUGGUGUUGAAGGGCUCGGCUCUUUGCUGGCAGGCGCUUUUGGCACAGGAAAUGGCACCACCUCAUUUAGUGAGAAUGUGGCAGCCCUCGGUAUUACCAAGGUGGGUAGUCGAACUGUGAUUCUCCUAAGUGGCGUUUUUAUGAUUCUGAUGGGGAUGCUGGGUAAAAUUGGAGCCAUAUUCAUAACCAUCCCCACCCCUGUGAUUGGAGGAAUGUUCCUGAUCAUGUUUGGAGUCAUAACUGCUGCUGGAAUUUCUAACCUACAGUCCACAGACAUGUAUUCCUCCAGGAAUAUCUUUGUUUUUGGUUUUUCCAUGUUUUCUGCACUCGUCAUUCCAAACUGGAUCAUAAAGAAUCCUGAUUUCUUACAGACAGGUGUGAAGGAGGUGGACCAAGUGUUGCACAUAUUGCUGACCACCCAUAUGUUUGUGGGAGGAUUCCUUGGCUUCUUCCUGGAUAACACAGUUCCUGGGACUAAACGUGAGCGUGGUCUCACAGCCUGGGACAAAAUGCAUCUUGAAGACUCUAGCAACAACUUGAGAACUGAGGAGGUGUAUGACCUCCCCUUUGGCAUAACCUCUUGCCUCUCAUCACAGUCUUGGAUUCGUUACAUGCCUUUCUGCUCACAGAAGAGCCACAAAUCACAGUACAAGUCUGAGAGCCAGGGGAACGAGCACGGCACAGGGGUCAUUGAUGAAUUUGGUUUGUAA